AUGGAGCCGUCGGCUGUGCCGGAGGAGGAGGAGGAGAAGGAGAUGCCCUUCACCGCGGCGUCCGGCCCGGCGGGUUGCCAGCUCUUCGGUUACGUGGGAAUCGAAGCUGUGCUCGAUCAGAUGAAAAUCAAAACCAUGAAGAUGGGCUUCGAGUUCAACAUCAUGGUUGUGGGGCAGAGUGGGCUGGGGAAGUCGACGAUGGUGAACACGCUCUUCAAGUCCAAGGUGAGCCGCAAAGCCUCACAGCCCGGCCAGGAGGAACGAAUCCCCAAGACGGUGCAGGUGCAGUCCAUCACCCACGUCAUCGAGGAGAAGGGUGUGAAGAUGAAGCUGACAGUGACGGACACGCCAGGGUUUGGGGACCAGAUCAACAACGAGAACUGCUGGGACCCCAUCAUCAAAUACAUCAACGAGCAGUACGAGAGGUACCUGCGUGAGGAGGUCCUCAUCACCCGCAAGAGGAAGAUCCCGGACACCCGGGUCCAUGGAUGUGUCUACUUUGUCCCCCCCACGGGUCACUGGCUGCGCCCACUGGACCUGGAGUUCAUGCAGCGGCUCAGUAAGAUCGUCAACGUGGUGCCGGUGAUCGCCAAAGCUGACACGCUCACCCUGGAGGAACGGGCAGAGUUCAAGCAACGGAUCCAGGAGGACCUGAAGACCCACGCCAUCAGCGUGUACCCACAGGAGGACUUUGACCAGGACCCAGAUGACCGGCUGCUGAACGACAGGAUUCGGGAGAAGAUCCCCUUCGCCGUGGUGGGGGCGGACCAGGAGCACCAGGUGAACGGCAAGCGAGUGCUGGGCCGCAAGACCAAGUGGGGCAUCAUUGAAGUGGAGAAUCCGGCACACUGCGAGUUCCCCCUCCUGCGGGACCUGCUGAUCCGGUCUCACCUGCAGGACCUGAAGGACAUCACCCACAACGUCCAUUACGAGAGCUACCGCGUGCGGCGGCUGAACGAGAGCAACCGGCCAGCGCUGAGCCCCCUCAACGGGCUGCCCGGCAAGGGUGAGGGCAGCAGCAACCUCUGAGCCACCAUGUCCCCGUGUCCCCCCCUACCCAGAGUCACCGCUGGACCCCUGUGGCAGUGCCUGUCCCCUGCCCACCAGUGGCUGUGCCUGGACCCUGCCUGGGGUGAGGAGCCUCUUGAGAGUGCCAGGCUGCCCCAGGUUGGGUUCCCCGAGCCCUCGUCCCCAAGCUCCACCAUGGGCACAGACCCCCCUGGACUCUGCACAGCAUUAAAGAUUGACCCAGA